AUGUCCGCCAGCAGUUCACAAAGGGCGCAGAGUCUCGUGGAAGUAGAAAGCGGUGCCAAUGGAUCGCUCCCAAAGAACGGUGAACAGCACAAGGUUCAUCCAGAUAAAUAUUAUCAGCCCCGUCGAAUUGCAGGACGUUGUGACUUGACAGAAUUACUGAAAUACUUGACGGAUCACCGGAAGCAGCUCGGUCCAGCUCGAAUUUUCAGAUCGCUCAGGGCAGCACUGUAUACAGGAAGUGAAUAUGACCCGCAGAAAGCGUGGAGAAUUUAUGAAGCAAUGGUUCAAUUGGACGUGGUACAUCUCAUGCGCAUCAAUCAUUACGGUCAAUUGCUCAAUAUUCUAAAGUACGAAACGGGUCCAAAUGGUCUCAAGCACAUGUUGGUCGUGGCGGACCAAAUCAAGAAGGCACACAAGGAUGGUAUUCUCAGCAUCAGCUCCAUGUGCUGCUCACAAAUUUUAUACGGUAUGGCAAGGCACGGUGAAGUACGAGAAGCGAUCAAUUUCAUUCGUUACAUGAGAGAGAUCGGUGUGACACCCUCCACCACGCACUACACAUCGUUGGCACUCGCCUCCAGUCGCAGGCACGAUCUUGAAGCGACUGCGGAAGCAGCACAACUCAUGUUGGAAGGGGUUCAAAAGGACGGUGUAGUUUUGGAGACCAGGGCUUAUUCUGUGAUGGUGUACGCUUUAUCCCAGGAUACCACUACCGACGGCGUCAUGAAAUUCCUUAAAUCGAUCAAAAGAGCAAACGCAGCCGGUCCUUCCAACGACGACAGCAGCUACUACAAUGUACAUAUUUAUACAUCUUUAAUUUCAAGCUUGGCACAAAAAGGCGACGCCGCCAAUGCGAAACGCUUAUUUGACGAAAUGAAACGACAUGGUAUCUGGCCGAACAGCGUGACCUAUGCAGCAUUACUGGACGCGUACGGUCGAGCGGGCGAUUUCGACAGUGCGGUCAAAUUACUGAACCAUCGAUCCAAAGACAGAAUCAAUCAGUUGCCCAAUCCAGUCAUGGCCACCUCGAUCCUGGUCAACAGUAUUCGACACGGACGGUUGGAUUUGGCGGAAGAACUCGUAAGUCAAUGGUUCGAGGAGAGAAACAUGGACGUUCGGAAAAUGGACGAUCAGUUUCGGGCCGCGUUGAUGUGGGUCAAGGUCAAGCGAGCGUUGGACGAAGGCCGAGCAUUUUUCGAUCGAUUAUGCGACGAGAAUGCGGAACUUGUCAACGAGAUCAUGGUCAACCAUCUCGUGAUAGCAUCUGGCGAAGCGGAAAAUGUCGAUCAGGUUUACGAAAAUUUCGGCUUACACAAGAUGUUGAAUUCCGACACGGCGCCGUCUCUGAGAGCACAACAUCAUCUGAUUGACGCUUUAUUCAAAUGUCGCGAGAUCCCGGCCGCUUUGUCAGCGUUUGCACUGAUGCGCAAGAAUGGAGUACCGGACGAUAUCACGUUGGCGAUGGUGAUACGAGGCUUAGUAUUGAAUAACGAGGUCAACAUCGCGUACCGUGUGUUCAUGGCGAUCAAGCGAGAUGGAAUCGAACCGAAUCUGCGUGCCUACAGUAGUUUGCUAAAGGUUUGUGGAAAAAAGGCCGAUAGAUCAACUCGCAAGACCUCCGGUGUACCGGCCGACGUAUUGGAAGCGAUUGGUCUUUCGGACGCCGACGGUGUCACUACCAUACCAAUGAACAACUCAUCGCAUGCCUAUCGCCUCUUUCAACAAAUGACCACCUACCACAACCCGGAUCUUUACACUUAUACCACCUUAAUAUCAUGCUUUGCCAAAGAAAACAUUGGUAGAGCCAUCGGCAUUUUCAAACACAUGUGCUCGGAAGGACUGAAACCCAGCGUUGUCACUUACACCGCUUUGAUGCAAGGUUGUUCGAUUUUCCGAAGUGCGGAAAUGGCUCUCUUGGUCUAUCAACAUAUGCAAGCUCAGGAUGUGACCCCCAAUAGGCUUACCUGGCAUUAUUUACUGAAGGCCCUGGCACGAUCGAAAGUACCGAAAUCUGAAGUGGACAAAAUUGCAAAGAUAGCAAGAAAGGCAAUGCAGAGCACCACAUAG